AUGAGUGGUGGUGUGGUUCAUCUCGGCGUUCACGCUGCUCUCAUCGGCGCCCUGAUGGCGUACUUGGACGUGCUUCAAUAUGGAACGGCAAUCCUCUUCUUCUCGAUUGCUAUCGGAUACCUAGCGCUGUUCGCCGCGUUCUGCUAUGCUGCAUGGCCACUUGCCACUUCGUUCGUAUUGGUCCCUUACAUUGCUCUCAAGCUCCAGUUCAAGCUCGCCACGCUGCUGUUCGAAGCUGCUGUCCGCAGAUUCAAGCCAACGUUCCCCGAAUGGACCCUCGCCUACGAGCUCACCAUUUCUAUGAUGCGCUUCAUGUUCCUUGACUACGGACACAUUAUCGCAGACGUGAACGCUCAGCGUCUUCGCGGCCCAUUCCAGCUCCACGGCAAGGCCAUCUUGAAGUCCUGUUGCCGUAAGCAUAACACGAUCCCCGAGAAACUGGUGGCCAAUGGGAUGGAACAUAUGUGGCUCCGCGACCCGGAGAAGAAGGAACACCGCGUAGUUGUGAUCCACUACCACGGAGGAGGCUACUGCAUCUCGGACCCGCUCCAGGACGUGGAGCUGGCGAACCUGGAACACACGAAGCUUAAGGAGACCCUCAAGGAGAAAUACGAGCUCGACGUGUCGGUCGAUGUUCUGCUGGCCAACUACCGCAUGGCCCCGGAGUUCCUGUACCCGACGUCUCUAAACGACUGCUUUGACAUGUAUAAGUACGUGCUGAAGCAUGAAAAUAUCCUGCCCAACCAUGUCGUGUUCAGCGGUGACAGUGCUGGUGCCGAGAUGUCAAUGACAAACUGUAUGCGUCUCCGCAAAGAGAGUCCAGAGCUGCAGCCUGUUGCAGCGCUAUGCUACUCACCGGUGGUAGAUUUCAGCGAGACGGGCAAUGACGAGAAGACGCCGUACUGCAUCCUGUCCGCCAACUUCGCCGAUAGCUGCCUGGCAACGUACUUGCGCAGCGUGACGGACCCGGAUGAGCGUCGUCUGGUGUCUCCGAUCAACCAUAGUCUGCGUGAUUUGCCUCCUAUUUUCCUGCAGUGGGGUGACAUGGAGCGGUUCUACGAGCAGGGCCUUCGUUUUAAGGCCAAGGCAGAUGCUGAAGGCGUGGCGAACAUGGAGGUGGAUAUCUUGAAGAACAUGGUGCACGACCCAGUGAUGCUCCCGACUGCGGUCAGCCCUGCGGCUGUAAAGGGCAUUCGUAACGCGUGCGAGUUCGCGGCAAAGCACUUGGCUCCAGUUCUUCGUGCUAGUGACCCGGAGCCUGAGCCGUAA